AUGUAUGUUACAAAGUGGAGUGAAGAAGACGCGGCAAGUUUGCGUCUGGAGGAACCUCGUGUGCACGGUCGCGCUGCCGCUGGGACACUUUUGGGACAGCUCAAGACGCAAAACGAAACGCUGCAACGCAAUAGCGGGAUGGCGGCAAAAAAACUCCCCGGCAUGGGGCCGUCUCGGGAGGUCUUCAGGAUCGACAUAACCCUAGUUGCAACUCGCAUCUUUGUUUACCUCGAGGACCAGUUUCGCUAUUUCAACUGGAAGAUCGUGACCAUGAGCUGUCUCUCGCUUAUGAGGCAAACGUGGCUGUGGUGA